AUGGCAGGCGUCGUUCACUGUGUUCCUCGCUCUGCAACAUGGAGGGAACGCGAGGUGCUAGACCUGCUAUCUUUCUGGGGGGAGGAGAAAAUCCAAGAAGCCCUUCGAAGUUCCCACAGAAACUUGGAUAACUUUGAAAAGAUUGCAAGACAGAUGGUCUCCCGAGGGCAUCGUAGGACAGCUGUUGAGUGCCGCAAUAAAACGAAGUCCAUGAGACUGGAGUACAAGCGUGUGAUUGCACAUAAUGCAACCUCCGGAAAUGCUCCCAUGACAUGCCCAUAUUUCCGAGAGCUGGACAGUAUUCUCAGAGGGGACGCAAGUGUGAGACCAAAACGGAUUGCGAGAAGCAUAAGCAUUGAUUUCUGCCGCCCACAGAAUGACGGUACAGCAAUGGUGAUGGAAGGAUCUGAGGAGCUCUUUACUCAUGAGUAUGUCACCAUAGAUCUCGCCCAAGUGAGGAGCUCCUCACCUGCGCCCAUGGGAGAGCAGAACAACUCGUCAUCAUCUACAGACACUACGGUGGAAGACCUUGACCGUACUAUUGAUGGCCUUGAGGACAAGGAAAACGACGACGCACGUGCCAACAUGGAGGAGGAUGCUGACAGUGACUCCGAUCUCCCAUUGCACCUUCGCAACAGAGGCGGUGCAGGAAGAAGCAACACUUGCCUUGCAGAGCUUUCUCCCGGGACAAGGCUAAGCAACAUAAAGAACAGGAAGCGCAGGAACGCAGCACUUUAUGGUGUUGCGGAUCAGAUGAUGAGCCGCUCCAGGGAGGAACAUGAAGCGCACCUUGCUCAAUGGCACGUUGACCGUGAACUUAUGUGUGGUUGGAAGGCAGAGGAAAAGAACAUUCAAAAAGAAUUUUUGGAGGAGACGAGGAAGGAAAGGGAAAAUUUCUCCCAAGCAUGGAAACAGAAUUUUGAGGUUAUGAGUGAUGCAGUUAAAACACUAAGAGCACUUGGAGAAAUGCUUGCCCAGCAGCGACAACAGAAUGCUGUUCACACUAAUGAUGUCCAGAGUGCUCCAUCCAACACACCAGUUGUUUCCAAGUCUGCUUCUGCCCGGCGCUCAUGUGUUGGAAAAGCAAGGGACAGGCUGACACUGUGAUUACAAACCGUAAAUCUGGGUUUAUCAAAAUGCUUGAUCCAAUUGUGCAGAGAACCAGUUCUACAUAAAUCGCUUGUUAUUCCACGUUAGUUCCUUGACCAUACUGUGAUUCUCCGUCUAGUCUUUUCAUGUUAAAUCACCAGUUUCAAUUACCACAUUACAAUUGUUUUUUGUGACAACCACUUUUGAAUGAUGUUUGCAACAUCACAUGUAUAAGCAGAAUUCAUA